GCGGGCCGACGAGCACGAGCGGGGGCGCCGGGCGGCCGCUGUGAGGACGGCGCGCUGUCAGAAAAUGUCAGGUGCUAGAACUGAAGUAUGACUGCUGCUGUCCUGCCCAACUCAUUUGGAAAUGACCUUGCAGGCUCUGGUUUAGUCUGGAUGGUGCAUGUGUGAUUCUGUCAAGUAUAAAGGCCUCGUGCCCUCUCCAAGGCACCAUGAAUGCCAUCGUCGCUCUAUGUCACUUCUGUGAGCUCCACGGUCCCCGCACUCUCUUUUGCACAGAGGUUCUGCACGCUCCACUUCCACAGGGAGCUGGGAAUGGGGACAGCCCCAGCCAGGGUGAACAAGCUGAGGAAGAGGAAGGUGGCAUUCAGAUGAGCAGUCGAAUCCGCGCUCACAGCCCAGCAGAAGGUGCCAGCGCAGAGUCCAGCAGCCCAGGGCCCAAAAAAUCAGACAUGUGUGAGGGCUGCCGGUCACUUGCUGCAGGGCAUCCAGGGUAUAUCAGCCACGAUAAGGAGACCUCGAUUAAAUACGUUAGUCACCAGCACCCCAACCACCCCCAGCUCUUCAGCAUUGUUCGCCAGGCCUGUGUCAGGAGCCUGAGCUGUGAGGUCUGCCCUGGCCGCGAAGGCCCCAUCUUCUGGGAUGAGCAGCAUGGCUUUGUGUUCAGUCACACCUUCUUCAUCAAAGACAGCCUGGCCAGGGGCUUCCAGCGCUGGUACAGCAUCAUCGCCAUCAUGAUGGACCGGAUAUACCUCAUCAACUCCUGGCCUUUCCUGUUGGGGAAGAUCCGAGGAAUCAUUGAUGAGCUCCAGGGCAAGGCUCUCAAGGUGUUUGAAGCAGAGCAGUUCGGCUGCCCACAGCGCGCCCAGCGGAUGAACACGGCUUUCACGCCAUUCCUGCAUCAAAGGAAUGGUAAUGCCGCCCGUUCGCUGACGUCCUUGACAAGCGAUGACAAUUUGUGGGCAUGUCUUCACACUUCCUUUGCUUGGCUCCUAAAGGCAUGCGGCAGUCGGCUGACGGAGAAGCUCCUGGAGGGCGCGCCCACAGAGGACACCCUGGUCCAGAUGGAAAAGCUUGCAGACUUAAAAGAGGAAUCAGAAAGCUGGGAAAACUCGGAGGCUGAGGAGGAAGACAAAGCCCCUGCUUGCCAGAUGGUACAGAAGGGCGGGAGCUGA